UAGUGAAUGCGGGGUCCGGGGAGACCGGAUAUAGUGAAUGCGGGGUCCGGGGAGACCAGAUAUAGUGAAUGCGGGGUCCGGGGAGACCAGAUAUAGUGAAUGCAGGGUCCGGGGAGAGCGGAGAUAGUGAAUGCAGGGUCCGGGGAGACCGGAUAUAGUGAAUGCGGGGUCCAGGGAGACCAGAUAUAUACCAGCUCUUUUUUUUUUUUUUUUUUUUUGCCAUGUUUCUCAUUGCGGAGAUUUCCCUUCACUUCCUGUCCAAUAGCCAAAACAAAGUGAGAGAAUAGCUCCUCAAUUUAUUGGCAUU